ACAGCAAAUGACGCAAGACUCUAAACCCGACCGUCUGCGCGUCUCAGUGUGAAUGGUGUCGGGACUCAGGACCAUGGAGACCACAACUCCGCUGUUGUUGAUGACAUGGGAGGUAUUUUUAGAUGUUGUUGUCAUGUUUCUGUAACAGCCGUUCAGUAUAAAGGACUCCUUGAAAAUGCAGCUGUACAACAGUGCGCUCACACACUACCCGAGGUCGUCUCACAAAGUUACCAUAACUUUACUGCCUGGGUCUGAGCGACGGAACUCCCCUGACGCGCAAAAACCAGGAUUUACGCACCAAGGCGCAACUUCUCCAAACCCUGCUCCGGUGAGAGACUCUUCAGCAAACAUGCCUGCCUUUUCCUGCUACGAAGCUUCAUCAAUGAGGCCGGUUUACUUCACCUCCACCGCUGAGAUAUCCAUCCGCAGACCCGAUGGUGUGGAGAGGUCUGUGCCAGUCCACUUCGUGAGGGAAACCAAGACCAAACCUCCUGUGUCUCCUCAUGAUGACCGCUUCCUGUGUGGAGACUCUGAUGUGAUUGAGGACUUGAUAGAUCAUCUGAGGAAUGGCCAGGAGGAGCUUUUUUCUGACUGCAAACAGCUGGUUCGUGAUCACCAACACAUCUGCUCUCCAAGAAAAAUAGAAACCAAGAGGGAGUUUGGACAUCCAAGCGAGGAUGUCACUCCUGUCAGAAGCAAUGGAUGGUCCUUACACAAGGAGGAAGUAGUUCCCCCUAGAGAAGAUCCUCCUGCAGAGCGUAUGCUGGAAGAUUUUAAGGAUCUGAGCAACGGCGUGCCAGCAUCCGAUGAGAAACGGGCCUUUGAGCUGAGCGUCCUGCAGGAUUCCCCUCCACAGAAGCACCAAGAAACCCCAGACCCCGGAAACAAAGUGACCCGCUACCUGGCCGAGGUGGAGAAGCAGAACAAGUAUCUCCAAGGGGAACACAAAUACAGGUACCACAUCAUUCCAGAUGGCAACUGCCUGUACAGGGCGGUGUGCAAAGCCAGGUUCGGGGACCAGUCGAGGCACAGCGAGCUCCGGGAGCAGACAGUGCACCACAUCGCCGACCACCUGGAGGAGUUCAACCCCAUCAUCGAAGGAGAUGUGGGGGAGUUCCUCAUCAACGCGGCACAGGACGGAGCCUGGGCCGGGUACCCUGAGCUCCUCGCCAUGAGCCAGAUGCUGGACGUCAACAUCCACCUGACGACCGGGGGGAGUCUGGAGAGCCCCACUGUCUCCACCAUGGUUCACUAUCUCGGGGAGGAGGAUGUGUCCAAAGCGUCCAUCUGGCUGAGUUGGCUGAGCAACGGGCACUACGACGUCCUCCUGGACAAGAGUCUCCAGAACCCGGAGUACGAGGAGUGGUGCAGACACUCUCAGAUGCAGAGGAAGCGAGACGAGGAGCUGGCCAAGUCCAUGGCGGCCUCGCUGUCCAAGAUGUACAUUGAGCAGAAUGGAUGUGCGUGAGAGGACGAACUGAUCCUGCUUGGGUUGCUUGAGAUUAUUUUUAUAAGGAUUUGGGGGGGAAAGGAAGUGCAGUGCACAUACUUUGGUUUUGUAUAAUGCCGACUUGGAAGUGUUUGAAAGUGUGUGUGAUGGUUUGGGUUAUGUUGGACGUGCUUCUGAGUAUUUAUUCGCCUCUUGUUGGCAGAUAUUUUUCUAUCAUGUUAUUUGCUUCCCUUUGCUUUGUGUCUCUAUAUCAAUAUGUGUACACUCUUUUGCACAAAAGUCACAUCAGACAAGUCCAGAGAGUUUGAUCUGUGCCUUUCUAUUAUUCCAGUUGUUUUUUUAGGCUUUGGAGAAAAUAUAACAAAAUAAAGUUUGGGAGAAACCUGA